GAUAAAGAUAGUGACCAGAAUGAAGAUAGCAAUCAGGAAGAUAAAGAUAGUGAUAAUUUUAAAGCACUCCUAUAUGGUUUAAAUAAAAUAUGUGAAAUUACUUCAAAGAUAUUUGAAGACACAAAAGAAUCUAAUGAGUCAGUAAAGUUCAUCUUUGAGAUUGAGUUAGAUGAAGAUCUAAUUAAUACUGUUGCUUUAACUCAACAAGAUUUAGUUAAUACAAAUGAUUUAAAAAUAGUUAAAGAAAGAUUUAACCAGCUUGCUAAAAUACUUGCCAUACUACUAGACUCUGACUCUAGCUAUUAUUGGGAAAUAAGAAAAACAUGGUUAAAAAGUUAUAAAAAAAAAUUUAUAGGUUCUGCUACAGUACAUCUCUGCUGUACAAUACGAGAUGAUAGAGCCUGGAAAAGGCCAAAUAACCAGCCACCCAAACGGCAUAGUGAAGCCAGAACCCCAACAAAUAGAUAUAAUUGUGCAGGAAAAAUCAAACUUACCAUAAUCCCAGAAAAUAAAUAUAUUCUUGUACAAGAGAAUCAUAAUAUAGUGCAUAAGAAUCCAACAUAUCAUCGAGUUAAGUUUCCUGUAAAUGCAAAAGAAUGGAUUCAAAAUAAUAUUUUAUUAUAUAAUUUUCAUCUCGAACAACCAAACUUAAAUAAUAAAGGAUUUAAAGUUCUAAAUUAUUUAGAAAAUAAUUUCGUACAGGCUUUGGGUUUUCUUACACCACUCUUUAAGCUUGUUGGUAUCAAUGAAGCUACUAAAAUAAUUGUAGAUUCCACCUUCAAGACUAAUCAAGAAUGA